GAGAUCCCGCUAAAACGAGGGGCGGAACUAGAGCGUCCUUGCGCUCGUUCUUCCGGUGCUGCUCUAGCCUCCCCGUCGCUGGUUCCGGCGUCUUGGUGGCCUGUUCUGCAGGUGAAAGUCACUUUGAGGAAGCCGCUGUUUCGUCGCCCUCGUUGCGAAAAAAGUAUGUCUGAAGCCAUAAAAAGCAAGAUAGAGAACUACAAAACAGCUCCGUUUGACAGUAGGUUCCCCAAUCAAAAUCAAACACGAGGCUGCUGGCAGAACUACCUUGAUUUCCAUCGCUGUGAGAAAGCUAUGAAUGCCAAAGGCAGUGAUCCCUAUGUCUGCCAGUGGUAUAAAAAAGUAUACUCAUCCCUCUGCCCUUCUUUUUGGGUUGACAACUGGGAUGAACUUCGGGAAAAUGGCUGUUUUCCAGGCAAAAUCUGAUGGUCUUUUUGUCUGCCAGUAGCUCCCCUACUCAGGAAGUUGCGCUGCUGAGUCCUUUCUGUGUGGUACAUCUGAAGGAUUUUUUCUGAAAUGGCUCUUGUCUGCUUGAGCACCUGAAUCAUUUAAUAGUACAAAACCUUGGAUAUUACCCGUUCUAAUAAAAUGCAUGUUACCCAUG